AUGAAUGGUGGCAGAGCUGAUGCAUCCACCUCUACCGAUGAUGUAAAGGGACGGCCACUCUGCCUGUUCUACUUCACGCAUCCUUUCGGGGUCCUAUCUCCAGAGCCGCCCACGGUUACCGUGGCACCGCAAAACAUCGCGCGUACUUACGUCAACAUGGAACCCGUCCCACCAUUCUGGACCUCAUCCUCUUCCCCAGGAUAUGACACCACAUCUACACGUCCAAGCUAUGACCUCGGGAAUGCAACAGUUCACAGAAACCCCAUCAACCUAGUUCGGAACUAUGAAUUGGAUUUUAGAAGAGAUUCCGUCUCUUCAUCACUAUUUUCGAGUGAUAUGUGGUUCAGUUCAAGUGCCAGCUCCAGAUUUGGGUGUGAGAGACGCGUUGUUCCAUACAAUAGGAUAUUACCACCGCUCCAGUUGCCUACUCCUCGAGAUUUACCGUUGGAUUUCGACAGUUCGGACGAUGUUUGGCCAAAAAAGUGUUUGAAUCCUGGAAAAUUUUCUUUACCCCCAAUCGAGUUGCCCGUGAGUGGUGUGAGCGAGGAUUUCUUUGAUGAUAAAGUGUCAGUGUGUGAUAGUGAAACAUUUAAGAGACAUCGACGUGUGUUUGGAGUUAGGAAGCAGAGACGGAGGACGCGAGCUGGCAGUGUCAGAAGGAUGAUCACGUAUCUCAUCCAGCGAAACGUCAGAGGUUAG